AUCAGUGAUGUGUGUUACUUAAUCUUUUUUAUUUGCAUAAUUUUAAACGGAGAUUAUUAUUGAUGAGGGUUUUUAUUGUUUGUCUUUAUCAGAAAACAGCAUAGUUUUAGUGCAGACGUAUUGGUAUAAAGUUUAAACAAAAAAUGGUGGAAAUUAUUGGUUCAGCAAAGGAAGAUCAAAAAAUGGCCGGUGAUUUGAACCAAAAAGUGGAGGAGUGGUUAAGAUGGGACAAGAACCCGAAAACCAGGGACGAAAUAAAAAAGUUAGCCGACCAAAAUCAGACAAAAGACUUGGAAAAAAUUCUGAUGAAAAGAGUGGCGUUUGGUACGGCCGGUUUAAGAGGCAAAAUGGCCGCGGGAUAUGCGUGCAUGAAUGAUCUGGUGAUAGUACAAACGGCUCAGGGUUUUUUGAAGUACCUAGAACAAAACAGGAGUGCUGCUUUAAAGGCUGAGGGCCUCGUGAUAGGGUAUGAUGGGAGGCAUAACAGCAAAAGGUGGGCCCAGUUGACGACUACCAUAUUUGUUACCGCCGGCUACAAAGUCAGACUGUUUGGAGAUUACGCUAUAACGCCGUUUAUACCGUUUUCUGUCAAAAAAUACGGAUGCGCAAGCGGUGUUAUGGUUACUGCGUCACACAAUCCUAAAGAUGACAAUGGCUAUAAGGUUUACGACUGCAACGGAGCUCAAAUUGUCCCUCCCUGCGACAGAAUGAUCCAGAACAGCAUUUUGGAAAACCUGGAACCCAAAGACUCUUCCUGGAAAGUAGAAAUCUUGCAAAAUCACCCUCUAGUUAUUGAUCCGAUGAAAGACGCUUUGGACAGCUACUUAAAAACGGUUAUUCAGGACAUGAUUCAUCCAGACUACAUAGAAUGUAACAAGAAAGUCGGUUUGACGUUUACCUACACUCCGCUACACGGCACGGGGUAUAUGCCCGUGGAAAAAGUCGUUCAGGUGGUUGGGAUCAAGAUCGCGACAGUUCCCGAACAGAAGGAUCCUGAUCCAGAUUUUCCAACAGUCAAAUUUCCCAACCCAGAAGAAGGCAAGAGCAGUUUGGACCUGUCCUUCAAACAUGCAGCACUGAAUAACUCAUCUGUCAUUUUAGCCAAUGAUCCUGACGCUGACAGGUUUGCUGUGGCCGAAAAAAACAACAAGACUGGCGACUGGAAAAUAUUCACUGGAAACGAACUGGGCGCCCUCUUUGGUUACUGGACCUUCCAGACUUACAAAAAAUUCAAACCGAACGCUCCCGUGAAUAAAGUGUACAUGAUUGCCAGCACUGUCAGCUCGAUGAUACUGAAAACUAUGGCCAAGCGAGAAGGAUUUAAUUUUGUCGACACUCUGACAGGAUUCAAAUGGAUUGGUAAUAAAGCUUUGCAACUGGAAAAAGAAGGUUUCGACAUCAUUUUAUGCUUUGAGGAAGCUAUCGGCUUCAUGUGCAACAGCAAAGUAACCGACAAGGAUGGCGUUUCUGCCUUGGCUCUCUUUUCCUGUCUAGUUUCACAGCUUUAUGGCAACGGACAACAGAUUGUGGACAAACUGACCGAAAUCUACGAUUACUACGGAUUCCACAUGUCGAACAAUUCGUACUACUUUUGUCACGAACCUCCGAAGAUCAAGGCGAUCUUUAAAAGGAUCAGAAAUUUUGGAGGAAAGGAUACAUAUCCUUCGGGAAUUCUCAACAACAAAUACAAAAUCGUAUCGAUCCGAGAUCUGACAACGGGGUACGACAACAGUCAACCUGGCAACAGGGCGAUUUUGCCAGUGUCGUGCCAAUCGGAAAUGAUCACGUUUGUUUUUGACAAUGGCCUCUUUAUCACCUUGAGAACCAGCGGUACCGAACCUAAGGUUAAGUAUUAUUCCGAACUGUGUAUGAGUCCCGAUGUUAAAGACAAAGAAGUAGUCGAAUCGACGUUAAACGAAAUGGUCUCGGCCAUAUGCCAGGAGUUCUUUGAGCCAGACAAGAACGGGCUUAUUCCACAAACACGUUAAAGAAAACACGAAAACGGCGGCAUUCCACUUUUUAUAUGAUCUGAACUAAUUUAUUCUACACACUAAAUUCUACGAUGUUCCUUGUAAUUUAUUAACUAUUAAAUUAUUCGUAUCUUUAAGCACUUUUAUUGUUAGUAUUUAAUACACUCCGAUGCAA